AUGUCAUCCACCGAAGCUAGCGCGCCGAUAAAACCAUCGACCGAGGAGAUCCCGCAACUCUCGACGUAUACCGCCGAAACUGAAGACGACCGCGUGGAAGGUUUGAGACUGGUCGCUGAUUCGGUUGCCCAGCAACGGCAGGUUUCAAGCAAGGUCUUGCUGUUUCACCCCAUCUCGCUUGCUGUAUACAGCUUGGUUGCCGCAGUCGCGACACAGUAUAUGCUCCGCUGGUACAAUGACAUGCUCAUGGUUUGUACGACCGUCGGAGGCAUUACCAUGACAUUUCUCAUCUUCAUUCGUUGGAUGACGGGUGCAUAUAUUGGUGUUGCGGAGAACAUCAACAUGGAUUGGCUGGGCGAUGACAGGAUGAUCGUGGUGAAGUGGGGUGAAGAUGUCAUUGGUGCGUUGGUGCUGGGAUGGGCAGACCACGACGCUGCGAAGAAGCGAGGCAGGAGGAGGAGAGGCAAGGCUGUUGUUCGUGCUUGGACUGUCAAGUUGAAGUAUCGUGGCAAGGGCGUAGGAGAAGGCCUCUUGGAAGAAGCCGUCAAGGUUGCGGGCGAAAGGGGUGCGGAUGGCAUCAUCUUUGAUGGCGAUCAUGCCAAUUCCACCCGUAUCCUCCCCGCCAUCUUCAACGGCUUCCUCGACAAGCAAGAAGCUCGCGCCGAAAAAGCACUUCGCAAAGUGGCCGACCAAAAGGGCAACUUCCGUCAACGUCAGGGAUCGCCCACAUGGGGAAGCCGGUAG